AUUUAUUAGUGAAUUUUAAUUUAGUUUAGAGAGAGUGUGUUCUUUCACUUUGCGGAGUUUUAGGGCGGUGCUAAUCAUUUCAAUUGGCUCUUUCUCUCACGCAGCGCAAGUAAAUUACAACAGGAAGUAGCUCAGAUUGGAUACAAUUGAUAUUUUUCCAGUGUCUUCAACGCUCCAGGGAUCAAGAGAGGGAGGAAUCUCAACUGGGCAUCUCUCAUUUCAACCCCCUUUUCACUAGAUUUUCUUUUUUUUUCUUUUUCCUGUUUUUGGGUCUGAGCAGUCUUUGCACUGCUCAACUCUCAUCAGAGUCUUCAGCUCAGUGAGUGGUUAGAUUUUUAUGGGUCCCGUCUCAUUUCACCAAUGGUCUCUUUGCUUCUCAUGACCAAGGAUUUGAUUCUCUCAUUGCCUUGUCUUUUCACCCUCUUUUGAGGUACUUUCCUCUGUUCCUUUUGCCUUUCUCAUUCAAAAGGUCGAUCUGAGAUCGAUUAGCUAUUAAUGGCAUUAGUUUUGCUCACUGAUGUCAAACUGGGAUUGAUUGAUUAUUGAAAUGAGUGAAGUGGGUUUGUGCCUUUUGAGGAUUCUCUUGUGAGAUUUUGGUCAAUCUUGGCCCUGGGAGCUGUUGAAGGUAUCAGAAGUAAAUUCUACAUAGAGUUAAACUUGACCCAGUUGAAGGAAAGUUUCCAUUGAUUCUGAGUGUUAGAUUUGGAUGAGAGAUGAGUGGGGAUCAUUUAAACCACCAUAAUUCUCCCAAUGACUGGCAAUUUGGGAGCCCAUUAAUGUAUCAAGGGAUUCAAAUGGCUUCUUCAUCAUGCCCACAAGUUUCAAUGCCAGAAUCCUUCUAUACUAAUCCUUGGAACAAUCCAACAAACCCACAAAACUCGGGUUUCGCCGAUGGCAAUGCUGCUAUUGGGAAGUCUGCUCCCCUACCCCCUCCAAGGCUUGAUAUGGGGAUGUUCUUGCCGACAAACCCAGGGAUGCUUCCGCCGAGUCUCUCUGAUUUCCCCACGGACUCGUCUUUCGUCGAGCGAGCUGCGAAGUUCUCGAGCUUCGGUGCUGGUAAUUUGAGUGCUUUGGUGAAUCCUUUCGGGUACUCCAAUGUGCAGGCUCCGAAGAAUGAGGUCGUGAAGGAUGUUUCUAUGUCCGAGAGUCCGGUGAAUUAUCAAAAAGACAAUGGGAGUGGAAAAGAAGAGGCACCUGAUAUGGCUAAUUUAUCUGGGGAUUCUUCAUCUAGAGGACUGAGUGCUAAGAAAAGAAAAAACAGCGGUCAGGAUAUGGAAUUAGACCAGGUACAGGAAGAGAAACAAUUUUCUGACGAAAUCCCAAAGGAGAAGAAUCCCGAAACUAAGCAGAUUGUCAAAUGCAGCAGCUCGAAUGGGAAGUCCAAUGGGAAGAAUGCCAAAGGUAGCACAGAUGGAGCCAAGCAAGACUAUGUUCAUGUGAGAGCGCGGCGAGGUCAGGCAACGAAUAGCCAUAGUCUUGCAGAGAGAGUUAGGAGAGAAAGGAUUAGCGAACGGAUGAAGUAUCUUCAAGACCUUGUGCCUGGUUGUAGUAAAGUCACUGGGAAGGCGGUAAUGCUUGAUGAGAUUAUCAAUUAUGUUCAGUCAUUACAACGGCAGGUUGAGUUCCUGUCUAUGAAGCUUGCGGCUGUUAAUCCAAGUAUUGAGUUAAACAUAGAAGGGCUUCUGUCUGAAAAUAUGCUACAGAGCCGUGUUGGCCCAUCUCCAGCGGGUAUCUCACCAGAACUUCUUCAUCAUCAGUUUCUUCAACCUCAACAGGGUUUGGUUCAUAAUGGGAUCCCCAGCAUAGUCAACCAUGCAGAUGCACUUAGAAGGGCCGUAACAGCUCAAUUUACAACUACAAAUGGUUUCAAAGAACCCACACCUCAGAUAUCAAGUUGGGAGUCUGAGAUCCAGAAUAUGGUUCAGAUGAACUUUGGAACUAACCCUUCGCCCAACACCCAAGAGUUCAAUUCCAAACCUAAUAAUGGAUUCUCACAAUAAAUUUUACCUCUUGCCUGAAUCCAUGGGUCAGAAAUUCCACCUAUCAAGCUUUCAAGAUUAUUACUUGGUUGGAAACUAGCUCCAGAAGCUGAACAGUCCAUAUUUUCGUUGAUAUGGUGGCUGGAAGUUAUGAAGGUAUGUAUAAAAUUAUAUACGAGUUAUGUGAAUUCUCGUGAGAUUAUUUGAGACUCUCGGAGAUUUCUUUCUUGUAAAAUAUGUAAAAGCACAUAUUUUUUACUUAAGUGGAAGAACGAACUAUAUAUACUAUUAUGAGAAUGCAAGAUAAAUCGAUUCUGGAUUCA